UUGUCUGCUUCAUUGUGAAUUGACGAAAAGUUGUUAGAAAUAUUUGGAGUUUUUACAUUAUUAUGUAUUGAAAAUUGUUUAUUUUUCGUUCCUCAAAACAUGGAUAUUGAUUGAGGAUUGUUGUUGUGGCGAAGGAAUCUGCAUUUUACACUAUUUCAAAGUUCAACAAGCAAACGUUGCCAUGGCUAGAGGCAGGCAUAGUGAUAAAGAAAAAGACAAAGACAAGGAAAAAGAAAAAUCAAGUGAGUCACCUUUAGACCCCAAGUAUGUCUUAUGGAUUCUUGCAGCCAUCAAAAAAGUUAAAGGUCAAAAACAACGACCUAGUGAGGACAGAAUUGCACAUGUCCUUGAAACAAGCUAUGGUCUUAGCAAAGAUGUCAUUGAAGAGCAAUUAGAACUUUGUGUCAAGCAUGGCAAAGUCUUGAAAGUCACAUUCAAAGGUCUUGCUUCAUAUAAAAACCCACAGUUAGUUCCUCAGCACAUCCGGGGCACCAUUGAAAGACCAGUGGAUUUCCAGUUAUACACUAAGGAGGCUUUAGAGAAAAGUGGUGAAGAUGGAUGUACAAUGCAGACAGUGGAAAAGUAUGUUCAAGAGAACUAUGGUGAUGUUAUAGGACCAAAAAUGGAUAUCCAUGCUCAUGUCAAAGGUGUACUUAAGAAGGGUUUGACAAAUGGUAUCUUUUUAAAGGAAGGAAGAAAUUACAGGUUACCAUCUCUGGUUAAGCCAAGAAAAAAAGCUGAUCCUAGUCCCAUUUGUGGGUUCUGUCUUGGUACUGUUCAGAAAAACAAGAGGGGUGAACCAGAGGAGCUGAUAUCUUGUUCAGAUUGUGGCAAUAGUGGUCAUCCGACAUGUCUCAAGUAUUCGCCUGAACUUACUGCAAGAGUAAGGUCUGAAAUAUGGCAGUGUAUUGAGUGUAAAACAUGUUCUAUGUGCAAGGAGGCUGGUGAAGCUGAUAAUUUACUGUUUUGUGAUGCUUGUGACAAAGGUUUUCACAUGGAAUGUUUGGAUCCACCAAUGGAUGACAUGCCAACUGGGAGCUGGAUCUGCUUUCUUUGCAAAACAAAGACCCCUGGUCGUAAGAAGAAGGGACAGACAGAAACACCCAUUGUGACUCCACCCAGAAGGAAAAUACAGCCACACUCACCUGAACAUACAGCCAGUACUUCUGGGCUCUGCCCAACACCUGGUUGUGAUAGUACAGGUCAUGUCACAGGAAAAUUUGCAACACACAGAAGUGUUGGGGCAUGCCCUCUUGCUGCUGAGACAAAAAAGAAUGAAAAAGAAAAAGCAGACAGCUUGUUAGAAACACCAACUCCUGCCUCACCUCCCCCAACACCUGCUACAGAAGAAGUGGUGAAGAAAAGACCUGGUAGACCUUCAAAUAUACAAAAAGAAAGAGAAAAAGUCAAAGAAAAGACAAAAGAGAAAGAAAAGCAUAAAGACAAAGACAAGCACCACCAUCGCCACCAUCACCACCACCACCAUCAUCACUCUUCCCACCCAACAUCACCAUCACCAAGAAAACAUUCCCAUCUCCCACCAGGUGUGACUGAUGCAGACUUAGCAUUGUUUAAGAAAGCACAAGAAAAGUCUAAUUCCAGCAUGAACAUGAAUCCUAUCCUGACUCCAUCAGCYAGCUCCAGAUCACCAGCAAGGAUUCAAUUUGGUCGCUAUGAAAUAACUACUUGGUAUUCUUCACCAUACCCACAGGAAUAUGCUAGAUUAACCAAGUUAUUCUUGUGUGAAUUUUGUCUAAAAUACAUGAAGAGUGCAAGUAUUGUACAAAGACAUAUGACGAAAUGUGGCUGGUUUCAUCCGCCAGCCAAUGAGAUUUACCGUAAUGAUGAUAUAUCAGUAUUUGAGGUUGAUGGAGCUGUCAACAAGAUMUACUGCCAAAACUUGUGUCUGUUAGCAAAACUGUUUUUGGACCAUAAGACCCUGUACUAUGAUGUGGAACCAUUCCUGUUUUAUGUGCUCACUAAGAAUGAUAAGAAAGGAUGUCAUCUUGUUGGCUAUUUCUCAAAGGAAAAGUCAUGCCAACAAAAAUACAAUGUAUCGUGUAUUAUGACAUUACCACCAUACCAAAGACAAGGAUUUGGACGAUUGCUUAUUGACUUUAGCUAUCUGCUUUCCAGAAAAGAGUCCCAACCAGGGUCUCCUGAGAAACCAUUGUCUGACUUGGGGCUGAUCAGUUAUAGAAGCUACUGGAAGAGUGUCUUGAUUGAAUACAUGAAUACCAACAAAGAGAACCACAUUACUAUAAGAGGUAUCAGUCAAGCCACUGGAAUGGAUCCCCAUGAUAUCGCUGCUACCUUACAACUUCUUAAUAUGGUACAGAAAAGAGACGGGAAAUUUGUGAUAGUAACAAACCGAUGCAUGAUAGACAAACACAUGGAAAAAGUACACAAACAGAACCGAACCACUCUAGACGAGGACUGUCUGCGAUGGACUCCGCUAGUGCAUACCAACCUUGCCCUGAUUGACGAUGGAGAGAAAGCAGUGAAYGGAUUAGAUGGACUAGGUCGAAGAAACAGGCCAAGUGUUACUGAGCAAGAUGUUGAUAUUGUUAAUGAUCAAAUAGAAAAUGAUGAAAAACCACAAGAAAAUGGCGUCCUUGUGAACGGUGACGUAGAUAUGGCCGAAGACCAGGUUGACCAGGAAGAACCAGAAGAGGAAGAGCAAAUUGUCCGACCGAGGAAAAGAAAACGCAGUGUAGCAUUGUCCGACGCAGGUUCGGAGAAUUCCGGCCCAGUCGAGGCUGAAGAGGAAAAUAACGAAGCGGAGAACAACGAAGAGGUCGACGAGGAAGAAGACGACGACGAGACUGAAAAACAUGAGCAAGAAGAUGUCGAAGAGAAAGUCCCUCAAGAAGAAAAAGAGCCCGAAGAAACUCCAACGAAAAAACCUCGACCAUCUACCGAAGGUUCUUCGAGUGAAGCCGAAAGCGACUCUGAUGGUGACUCGGAAUCCGACGACGACGACUCGUCAUCKUCGUCAUCUUCUUCGUCAUCAUCAUCCUCUUCRGAAGAAAGCGACAACGAUGAGAAAACGAGUACUGCURUCAAAAAACCGACUUCGAGUGAGAAUCCUCUCAACAGCGAGAACGAGUCUUCAUCGUUAAAUAAUCCGUACAACACGGCGGGCUACCAGCCCCACAAUACCUCGCAGUCGACAGGGGAUCCCCUUGAUUUUAAAGUUAUGGAUCCUUACAUGAUGGACUCGAGUUUUUCAAAUCUUUCGUCUCUAAAUUCUGAGUUAAACACGAUGGAUUUUCCUGAUACUGAUAGUAGUGCCCUUAUCAAAGAACUCUCGGCCGAGGUAUUUUCCAUUGGAGCACCUUGUGGGAAUCAAAGCCCGACUAUGAGUGGUCAGCGGAUGUCUGACGAAGAGGAUGCGUGACGAAGUCACUCYAGUGUGGACAGUUAAAAGACAAUUUUCAAUAUUUAUUAAACMGGAUGUGAUCACAAAACGAUAUGGAGAUGCAAGAAAAGAUUUUUAUUAUGUUAUUAAGUCUUUUUUUAUUUUUCUUUCUUCCUUCUGUUCUUCUGUAUCAUGCUGUUCAUGGUUCCCUUCUUGUGUUUUUUCCCCUCAGUUGUCCCCUUGUCUUACCUCAUUUCUUUUUUUCUUGUCUCAUUCUUUAUGUUUCCUAUCUAUAUUAAACUUUCUUUUCCUUUUCUGAAGUAUAUAUACGUAGUUGAGUUUUUUUCUUAAUUUCAGCCAGAUGGUGUUAGGAUCGAGUUGGUGAAUUUAAAUAAAAAUAUACUUAAACCCAAAAUGUGUUUUCA